GGGCACCGGCGGCUUUUCUCUCGGUGCUCGAGGUGCUGACCCGCUUCUCUCCCCUCCGACUGGGCGCUCCCGAUCUUCCGAAGUGUCCGGAGCCGCCAGCCCGAAGGGGUCCGGACCCAGCUAGGCCGAUAACUGCGCUGAGGCACCAUGACCACCCUGGACGAUAAGCUGCUGGGGGAGAAGCUGCAGUACUAUUACAGCAGCAGUGAGGAUGAGGACGACCACAAGGACAAGGACAGGGGCAGCGGUGCCCCGGCCGGCAGUCCGCUGCCUGCAAAUGCUAAGGCAGGCGAAGGCUUCUCCAUUAACACAGGUCCCAAAGGUGUGAUCAAUGACUGGCGCCGCUUCAAACAGUUGGAGACAGAGCAAAGGGAGGAGGAUUGUCGGGAGGUGGAAAAGCUGAUCAAGAAGCUGUCACUGACCUGCAGGUCCCAGCUGGAUGAAGAGAAGGAGCAACAGAAACAGAAGGACCUCCAGGAGAAGAUCAGUGGGAAGAUAACUCUGAAGGAGAUGGCCAUGAUGAAUGGGGACCUGGACGACGAAGAGUUUCUGCAGCAGUACCGGAAGCAGAGGAUGGAAGAGAUGCAGCGGCGGCUCCAUAAGGGGCCCCAGUUCCGGCAGGUGUUUGAGAUCCCCAGCGGAGAAAGGUUCGUAGACAUGAUUGACAAGGAACGGAAAAGCACCCUCAUCAUAGUCCACAUCUACGAGGAUGGCAUUCCGGGAACCGACGCCAUGCACGGCUGCAUGAUCUGCCUCGCCUCGGAGUACCCCGCUGUCAAGUUCUGCCGGGUGAAGAGCUCGGUGCUCGGGGCCAGCCGCCGGUUCACCAGGAACGCCCUUCCUACUCUGCUGAUCUACAAGGGGGGCGAUUUGGUGGGCAAUUUUGUUCGCGUCACUGACCAGCUGGGCGAAGAUUUCUUCGCUGUGGACCUCGAAGCCUUCCUGCAGGAAUGUGGAUUGCUCCCCGUGAAGGAAGUCGUGGAGCGGACGUCUGUGCGUAACUCUGCCGCCUGCCACAGCGAGGACAGCGAUCUGGAAAUAGACUGAACUGACUCUGGUGGCGUAGAUCUCUCAUCGUUUGGGCUGGAAGAUACCCCUCUCUGUGCUUAUCUUUAUUCCUUCCCGUGUCUUCUGGCUCUGCAGCUAUUCUUUGUAGUCCCUUUGAUUAUAUGUAACGUCAAGAAUGUGUGGCUCGCCAUAAAGCGACUUAAAAUUGUGUAACAGGGAAGCGGGCUUUCAAACUGUUUACUCCAGAUUCUCCAGCACGACAUCCUUGUUGCCUCCACUCACUGUUCCCAUGGCAACCUAAAGACUGUGUCCUGGAAACUGUCUUCAGAUGAUCUCAGAGGCCCGGCCAGGGCUGGGAGUCUAAUUCUACGGUGUGUUACUUGUAAAUAGUACAUUUCCUUCAUCAAAUGAUUGUAAAUCAUAUUUUAAUUGUAAGCAGACCCAUAGUCCAAGAAGGCGGUUAAAUAUCCCCCCUGAGAUCCUGUUCUCUAUCGGGGACUUACUUUGAGGUUCUAGAUGAUGUGCACUUGCCCCAUUAAGAAAGAGGGUGACCUUUGCUGCUGGGCCCCAUGUGCCACCCAAGCACAAUGUCUAAAGGAGGAGGAAGGACCCAUGCUGACCGCCCGGGAAGCCCAGUUUGACUUACCGAUGAGAGCUGGGUGGAGCUAGAAAGCCUUUUUAGAGGAGGAUCUUUCAAUAACGUACUCAUCUCUUUCUCUCUUAUUUAAUAAAUUAAUUUUCUGUUUAAUGUAGAUUAAAAAAAAACGCAAAACUUUCCUCCCAGGGUGUUUUCUUUGUAGGCAUUCUGUUUGUUGUUAAGACAAUGGGAUCAUUCUGCACAUACUGUUUAUAGUAUGGUCAGCCAAUAUAGCAAACCGUUUUUUCGUGUUAUUAAUUACUCUUCUACAGCAUUUUGUAAAUGGCUGUUGGUAUUCCAUCGUAUGGAUGUGCUGUAGUUUGCUUGUUGGUUGUCGCUUAAAAAAGAAAAAACAGCACAGAAAUUUUUUUUGCAAAUCCUGCUGUCACUCACUAGCAGAUGUUCAUUGUAGAAAAUGUUAUAAAAAAGAUUAAGUUAAAAAGUUUUUAAAAGCCUUAUAAUUGCACCAACCAAAAAUAAUCCCUGAUGUCAUUUUACAGGUAUCUCUUUAGUCUUCUUUCUCUGUAUUUAUAAUAGUGAUUGUCACAUGUUUCUUCCUCUUAUUUUUUGCAUUU